GUCAGCGAACGCGCGACGUCUCUCCCUACCGGGCGCCGCGAAAGGGAGUCAGGCGUCGCUCCCGGAAGGGUGAAGCGGGGGAGGGAGACCGAGCUGCUGCUGCCGCCGGAGAGGUAAGGAGCCGGUGGGCGCGCGGCGGGGGUCGCGGCGCAGGUGCGCCUGAGGGGGGUCCGCGCGGCGUCUGCUUUCCUCCUCCCGGGGUGGGCCGCCCGCGGCUGUGGGCGCUGAGGGGUCGUGUAAAAUCUCCCCACCUGUGGUGAAUUUGUUGGGUUGUUGUUUUUUAAGAGGUGCCGGGGCUUGAGCCUCAUCCCUGCGACUUAAUUCCAGGUGUGUGGAAUCCGGCUGUGAUCCCUUUUCCGAAAGGGCAAGGCCGUGUAUGUGCGCAUGUAUUUACAUUUGCUAGUUUCCGUUGACCUAGUCCUAAUAGUUGAAGAAAUUUUUUAAAGGACUUUGCCCUUUUCUAGAGGGCUCGUCUCUAUUUCGUCGGUCCCGGGAUUGCGCUCUGUCGUUAGAAACUGGCCGCGGAGCUCUCCUUCACGCGGAGUGCUGCCUGCUUUUAAUGGCAUUUCGGUUUGCUUCCUACCCUCUCUCUUAGGCCUCUGCCUGUACCAGAUACUCGAAUGGCAAAUUAUUCAGCUUCACUGUGCUUCCCUGAGGAUAAAUGGGGAUUGAUGCACAGAGCUUCCAUUGCUGCCCAGUGUCUUGCUGUGGCUGCCUUGUAACUUAAGAAGAAUUUCCCACCUGCAUAUGAAACUCCUGGGUGUAAGGAAUAACUGCUGUGGUAGAAUUAGAAAAGCCACUUUGCUCUGGGGACCUUAGGCAGCCUUCAAAAUAAAUAAAACUUGGCUAGCAACACGCUAACUGGCUCAACAUUUUGGGAAAGUUGAAAUUUUUAAUUGACUUCUUGUGCUUUGUUCCCCUAGAUACUGAAGGUUGAAGUGCAUGACCAGAACUGAAUUUAAACAAUGAGUGAGCCGGAGCUGUUGUUGGACUCUAAUAUUCGAUUAUGGGUGGUUCUCCCAAUCGUCUUCAUAACCUUCUUUGUGGGGAUGAUUCGUCACUAUGUAUCCAUCCUUCUCCAAAGUGACAAAAAACUCACCCAGGAGCAAGUAUCUGACAGGUAAAAGAUGCUUGCAACUGAAAACUGGGCAUCGUCACUUAUACUAAUAAUUGUCAACUAUAGAGAUUGAUGACAAUACUUUAUGGUAGCACAUAGGCUUACUGAACUGCAGUAGGUGGGUUAUAUCUUGCUGUGUACGUAUUUGGGAAUACUUCUAAACCCGGCUUUGUGGCUGGAAAUCUAGAUAGCAGGUAGGUUUGGGGUGUUUUCGGGAAAUGAGGCCUGGUCUUUGUAUAUUUGCAAAGAAGAAUGCACAAGAUAGACUAGAAAAAGUGGAGCCUAGCUCCUGGAUCCUGUCAGCUGGGCUGAAUAAAAUCCCCAAGAUUAUCUUUUUUUUUUAAAUAGUAUUUAUUAGGGUUUUAAGUUUACAAAAAGGCAAAAGAAAACACACCAAAUUAAACAAUGACAAAACAACACAUCACAAUAAAAAAACAUAAAGAUAGAAACAAUUUAAAAAAACCAAAAAAAAUCAAACCUUCCCAUAACUUAUCUUUCAUUUGCUUGUUUCCCUGACCUCCUCACACCUCCCUUUUUUGUAUUAUAAGUCAAUUAUCCAUUUCAGCAAAUCCUUUCCCUCUCUUCAAAAUUUUUGUCCUGAAAAUUUAUCUUGAUCUUAAUAUAAAUUUACUUUCCCUCUUUUCACCAAUUAACAGUCUAUUUUUCUUAAAUCUUUGUUACAUUUUUGCUAAAAUCACAUAGAUUCAUUCCAACAUCAUUCUAACAUUCAUUAAUUUUACAAUGUUUCUGUAAAUAGUCUUUAAAUUUCUUCCAAUCUUCCUCCACCGACGCUUCUCCCUGGUCUCGGAUUCUGCUAGUCAUUUCCGCCAGUUCCAUAUAGUCUAUCACCUUCAUCUGCCAUUCUUCCAGAGUGGGUAGAUCUUGUGUCUUCCAAUACUUUGCAAUAAGUAUUCUUGCUGCUGUUGUGGCAUACAUAAAGAAAGUUCUGUCCUUCUUUGGCACCAAUUGGCCGACCAUGCCCAGGAGAAAGGCCUCUGGUUUCUUCCCUGGAUUAUCAUACUUAAUCUUAAAAAUGGUGAAAAUUCAAAACACACUGUUAUUUGUAAUAUUUGUAAUACUCAGAUUCCUAAAUUUCAUUUUGACUGUUUUUGCUUUUUAGAUUUUAAUUUCUCUCUUUAGUCCUUAUAUGGACUUUUUCCAGCUUUUCUUCUAUAAAUAUGUAUAUCUUUCUUCAGAUUGUUUCUAGUCACAUAGACGAUAGCAAGGGACUAGUGGUGAUGGUGGAAGGGGAUAAGAAAACAGUUAUUAAAAAUCGCAAGGCUAAUGUGAUUGAAAAUAUCUGUGCUUUUCAAGUAGAUUUUGUCAUGUUCUAUGACUGUUCACUUCUUUAUGGUUUUACAAUAUGGAGAUAAUAUAGGGAAAUAUAUGUACACUAUAAUGUUUCCCCACAGCAAAUGCAUGGAUUGAAUAUUUGUAUUUUUCUACCCUGAUUUCUUGUUAAAAAAGGGGGGGGGGUUCCCCACAAUGGCUGUCUGGUCAAUAACUGCUUGUACACUUCAGAUAUUUAUGAGCAGCCCUGUGUUUUCUUCAUGGAGCAUUUUUGUGUUUCAAAAAAGAAGUAUAUGAAGCAGCCCUCUAUGGCAAGGAAUGAAACUGUUGCCCUUACUGGAUUAAUAUCUAGUAUUAGUUCCCAAAUCAGUUCUUGCUGUUCUUGAAAUCUUGCUCAACACAUGUUUUUAAACUAUGAAAGAUAAUAGAUAUUUAUAUGAAAGAACUGUGUGAAUAUCGCUAACUUGUUGGGAGGCUCUUGGUUGUAUUUUGCAUCAAUGUCACAUGCAGUGUUCGUGCAGGAAUAUUUUUCUGUCUUCCUCCUUAUUCUCUUCUUCUAUUUCAUAUGUAUGAUAAUGGCUUUCUUUCUUUCAGUCAAGUUCUGAUUCGAAGCAGAGUUCUCAGAGAAAAUGGAAAGUACAUUCCAAAGCAGGUACGUUUCCAUUUGUGUCAGAAUUUAAAAACAAGAGGAAGAGGAAACCUUAAUUGUUCCAAGAUUUGGAAUGUUGUCUUCAUAAGGAUCUAAAAUGCACAUUGUAAGCACAUUUGUGGAGUAGACCCAGUCAUUUCUGUUACUAUUAAUAUGCAGCAAUAUACAUCCAAGACAGUGGGGUUUCCAUCAUUCUAAUUUGCUGUUAUGUUGCAAAAUUGGAUCUAUUACUGUUUUAAAAUAUAGUUACUAAGAUCAGCAUACUUAGACCAGAUUAAACUAAUGUUAAUUGCAGCAGUUAAAAUGUUAAUGGUUAGAAUGAAUCUGGGACAUCCUGUCAAUCCAAGGGGGGAAAUCCCUAUCAAAUUAAAGUGGCUCAUAACAGACACAAGCUAGCAGACUUCAGAGCUUGCAUAGUUCCCUGAUAAUCCAACCUCAGCCUUUGUCUAAAUGCGUCUUUUGGAGACCUACUGUCAGGGAACUGCCAUCGGACGGAAGGGAGGUGAAAGGGCUCACACAGGUUGGGAGAGACGCAGCAGCUGAAGAGGGAACCAACAGGGAGGUGAAAGGGCUCACACAGGUUGGGAGAGACGCAGCAGCUGAAGAGGGAACCAGCAGGGGAGAGGAGCUGAGCUGGAGGGAUGGCUCAGAGACACUUCCAGCGAAAACAGUGGGGAGGUUUCAGGACCUCCUGUAAGAACACCCACUCCUCGCCGGAAACUGUCACGCAGAGAUUCCAGAAGACGUGUUUCCGUUAAGGAGCUUUUAUGUUGGAAGCGAUUACGAAAGCAACCACUGUCGGAAUCUGCUAGUGACUAGAGUAGCCAUGUCUGAGGGGCUCCGUCACAGACAGAGGUUUGUGGACUUGAACAAACUCUGAGGGGAUACGAUUUUACGCACAAGCAGCUCAUCAUCCCAUCACAGCAUUCCGACAGUCUUUGAAAGCAGCUUGUGCAGGAGAAGGCAUCAUGAGCAACCCAGCAGGAACCGGAGAAGCAGGAGCUGGAGCGGGUCCAAGCCUGGAAGAAAGGUACCAGAUGUUGGAGGUCCAGCUAGCGAUGCAGACGGCGAGGCUUGAGGAGAGGAGGGCUCAGGAUGCAGACAAAGGGGAAAGCCACCCAGGGCGCCAGAAAGGUACCAGGAAUGCUGCAGACGAUGGGGGGGGAGCCCAAAAACUAUCAGGGUUUUCGGACAGAAAUGCAAUAUGCCCUCAAUCUGCAGUUUGAUGAAUUCCCUGACGAGGAAUCACGAGUGGCUUUCGUGAUUGAGCAUCUUGAAAAGGUGGCGAGAGACUGGGUUAGACCCCUGAUGGCAGCGAAUAGUGACGUCUUAAAGGACACGAUGAAGUUCUUUCGCGCCAUGGAUCUGAUGUUUUCCAGCGAUAUUGAAAAGGGAGUGGUGCGCAGACAGUUAAUGGGUUGCAAACAGGGAGCCGAUCUGUCCGUGAGUACUGGACUGAGUUCACCAUGCUUGUUCACAGAUUGGGGUGGGACUUAUCGGCGGAACCCAUUCAAAUGCUCUUUGAAGAAGGGCUUUCUUCGGCUGUGAAAGACGAACUUUCCCGGGCGCCCAGGGCGGAGUCUAUGGACCAGCUGACCAAAUCAGCGCUGGCCAUAGGAGGCGCGCCAGGAGGCGAGAGCAUUGGAGAGGCGGGAAGGGAAGGGGAACGUUGGAAGGAGUUCCGCAUUCCAGACAUUCCAGAGCCAACUUUCCCACCGGCAGAGCCGAUGGAAAUCGGAACAGCGCGCGCGCGCAGUUUCAAAGCCCAGUGAGGGGGCAAAGAAGGAGGGAAAGGCGCCCGGAAAUGCUAUCUCUGCCAACAGCCAGGUCACUUUGCCAGAGUCUGCCCCCAGAGGAAAGAAUGGCAAGGGAUGGUAGGAGCUGUGGAUGGAAGAGAGGAAGAAAUACCGGAGCAAGUAAAGCCAACGCCUGGCUGCCACUGUCAGGGCACAGCAGCCAGGCCAAAGAGCAGUGAGAGUGCCCACGCCAGAACCUCCUAAACCCGCCCUAGUGAUAGAAGUGACGCUAGAGCUGCCAAACGGACACCCUCUAAAGAUAAAGGCGCUGUUGGACUCAGGCAGCUCCUGCAAUUUCAUGAGCAAAGAGUUUGCAGCUGAACACCAGAUACAGACAAUCCCUUUAAGCAGCCCCCUGCAGGUGACCACGAUCGAUGGCAGGGAGCUGUUGGGUGGAGAAGUCAGCUUGCAGACCGUCCCAAUGAUAAUGAAGGUAGCAAGGCACACCGAACUGAUAGCUUUUAAUGUGGCCACCUUGGGAGGAGCUCCCAUUAUAUUGGGGAUGAGCUGGCUAGCGUUACAUGAUCCGCUGGUGGGCUGGCAUCAGAGAGUGGUUUCUUUUGGUUCAGCACAUUGCUUAGAACACUGCAAAGAGGGAAAGGGUUUGGCAGGGGUCCAAGCCACCCUAGCAGGGACUGAAGUAACAGAGAACGUGAAGGUACCACGACAAUAUGCAGAUCUCCGUGACGUCUUCAGCGAAAGGGAAGCUGACCAACUACCCCCGCAUAGACCCUUUGACUGUCAAAUCAACUUACUCCCUGGAGCACAGCUCCCUGUAGGCAAGCUGUACGCCAUGUCAGACAGAGAGAUGCAGGAGUUAAGAGAGUUCAUUGACAAGAACCUGAAGAGAGGGUUCAUCAGAGAGUCCAGGGCGGUGGGGGCAGCCCAGUGUUUUUGUGGAUAAGAAAAACACGAACAAGCCGAGGCUGGUGUGUGACUUCAGGGCCUUAAAUGCAGUGUCAGAACCAGUAGCCUUCCCUAUGCCCAGGAUUGACGACAUUUUGACAAGGGUGCGGAAGGGAAAGAUUUUCACAAAGCUGGACCUAAGGGGGGCGUACAACCUGGUACGAAUAAGGAAGGGGGAUGAAUGGAAAACCACUAUGUUCACCCCUUUAGGGGCAUUUGAAUAUUUGGUUAUGCCCUUCGGCCUACAAGCAGGCUCCGCAACAUUUCAAUCGUUUAUGAACCACGUCCUGGGGCCUUUGCUUUACAAGAAUUGUGUGGCCUUUUUAGACGACGUGUUGGUGUAUUCUGAGAAUGAGGAGCAGCAUGUGAGAGACGUCAGAGAAGUGUUGAGCAGGCUGCAAGCCAACCAGCUGUGGGUGAAACUGGAGAAGUGUCAGUUUCAUACCAAGGAGGUGGAAUUCCUGGGGUAUCGCCUGUCAGACAAGGGAUUGGCCAUGGAUCCCGGCAAGGUCCAGGCGGUGCUGGAAUGGAAAACACCCAAAACAAAGAAGGAUGUGCAGAGGUUCCUAGGAUUUGGGAACUUCUAUCGUAAGUUCAUCCGAAACUUUGCCCACCUGACGGCGCCCAUUACGGACUGUCUCAGCAGUAAGAAGAAGUUCGUGUGGACUGAGGAGGCGGAGCGAGCAUUUGAGGAACUAAAAAGGGCCUUCGCCUCGGAACAACAACUCCUGCAUGUGGAUUUACAAAAACCGAUGAGAGUGGAAACUGACGCAUCAGACAGAGCGAUUGGGGCGGUGCUUCUGCAGCCAGGCAAGAAGGGGUCAGAGUGGAGACCGUGUGCCUUUUUCGCGAAAGCUGAACAAAUCCGAGAGGAACUACACGGUGUAUGACCGAGAACUACUAGCCAUUCAUGAGGCGUUCCGGAGAUGGAGGCACCUGCUAAUUGGCGCACAACAUAAGGUGCAAGUGUGCACUGACCACAAGAACCUAGAGUAUUGGAGGACGGCACGAGUGCUCAACCAACGGCAAGUGAGAUGGGCCCAGGAGUUCUCCAAAUUUAACUUUGAGAUUAGUUACGUGCCAGGCCCAGAGAACAUUAGGGCGGACGCUCUCUCACGCAAACCUGAAUAUUUGGAGGAGGGGGCACCCGAAGAGAGACAUGUCAUUCCAGAAGACCGCUGGGUGUGUGGGGCGGCAUUGGUGGGACAAAGAGAACUGGUAGAGGAAACAGAGAAUGAUGAAUACGCCCAGAAUAAGCUCAGAGGUCUUAGGGGUGAUGGAGAGGAACCAGGGGUUUCGAGGAAAGAAAUGGAGCUUUGUAUUACAAAGGGGCACUGUAUAUCCCUGAAGGAGAGUUAAGGGGAGGGUACUCAAGCAGUUGCACGACAGCCCUACGGCGGGGCAUUUUGGACAACACAAAACCAUGUGGUUGGUCACCAGGGAAUUUUGGUGGCCUAAGGUGAGGGAAGAUGUACGUGAGUAUGUAAGAGGGUGCGAGCAAUGCCAGCGAGCCAAAGGGGAAAGGCGGGCGCCGGCGGGGCUAUUAGAACCCUUACCAACCCCAGAACGACCUUGGGAGGCAGUGUCGAUAGAUUUUAUGACUGAUCUGCCGAAGUCCAAAGGGAAAACAGCCAUCAUGGUGGUGGUAGACCUACUAACAAAGAUGUGCCACUUUGUAGCUUGCUCGCAUGCAGUCACGGCGGAAGAGACAGCGAAGUUAUUUGUAGAAAACAUUUUUAGGUUGCACGGGGUGCCAUUGAGGGUGGUCUCAGACCGAGGAAAACAAUUUACUUCCAGGUUCUGGAGGAAGCUCAUGAGCUUACUGCAGGUGGAGGUCAAUUUUUCGACUGCCCGGCACCCUGAAACCAACGGGCAGGCGGAAAGAGCAAACGGUGUCCUCCAGCAAUACCUGAGGUGUUAUGUCAAUGACAGAGAGAAUGACUGGGUAGAAAAGUUGGCGCUGGCGGAAUUUGCCUACAACAAUGCCGAGAAUGUGUCCACAGGGAUGAGCCCCUUCUUGGCUAAUUAUGGGUGUCAUCCCAGGGCUUUCCCAGGGGAGAGGGGAGAGAUGGAGCGUCCCGGCAGCCGAGCAUUUUGUGGAAGAAAUGGAAGCAAUCCAUCGUCAGCUCCAACUCAACUUAGAAAGGGCGAAGGAAGAAUACAAGAGGCAGGCAGACAAGAACCGAAGGGAAGGUGAAACCAUAAGGGUGGGAGAUAGGGUGUGGCUGUCAACCCAAGGGUUGCCGUUCAAAGGAGGUUGUAAGAAAUUAAGACCCAGGAGGUUGGGUCCCUUUGAGGUCAUUCAACAGGUCAACCCAGUGGCUUUCAGGCUCCGGUUACCCAACCACAUGAAACUGCACCCAGUAUUUCACAGGUCGUUACUGUCACCGUACGAAGGGGACGAGAAGGGCUGGCCACUCGGGGACCGGUCGUAGAAGAAGAGAAUGCAGCAGCCAUGUGGCAGAAAUCCUCGACGCCAGGUGGAAGGGGGAUCAGGUGGAGUAUUUGGUAGCGUGGGAAGGAGAACCGGAGUCAGAAAACACUUGGGUAAUGGCUGAAGAUAUCAAUGACGAGGUAUUGAUAGAAACGUUCCAUCAAAGGUUCCCAAGGAAACCUCAGCCUGUGGAGAGGUUCCGGAGGGAAUACUUUGGGACCACUGAUGAAGGGGAGGAGUUGGAAGGAUUCCCGGACUCGGAAGGGGAAGGGAGAUGGACUCUGAGGAGGAGGUGUACUUCGAGACCAGGAACCGCAACAGGUUGAGAGAAGUGUUCGAGACAUCGGAAGAUGAAGGAAGUUCAUUCCGGGGUUUUGCCUCCUCACCGCCCGUAGAGGAGGGGGCGAGGGGGGUGAAGGGGGCCCUGGAGGGGAGGUGGAUGUCAGGGAACUGCCAUCGGACGGAAGGGAGGUGAAAGGGCUCACACAGGUUGGGAGAGACGCAGCAGCUGAAGAGGAACCAACAGGGAGGUGAAAGGGCUCACACAGGUUGGGAGAGACGCAGCAGCUGAAGAAGGAACCAGCAGGGGGAGAGGAGCUGAGCUGGAGGGAUGGCUCAGAGACACUUCCAGCGAAAACAGUGGGGAGGUUUCAGGACCUCCUGUAAGAACACCCACUCCUCGCCGGAAACUGUCACGCAGAGAUUCCAGAAGACGUGUUUCCGUUAAGGAGCUUUUAUGUUGGAAGCGAUUACGAAAGCAACCACUGUCGGAAUCUGCUAGUGACUAGAGUAGCCAUGUCUGAGGGGCUCCGUCACAGACAGAGGUUUGUGGACUUGAACAAACUCUGAGGGGAUACGAUUUUACGCACAAGCAGCUCAUCAUCCCAUCACACCUACUUUGUUUCUACGUCACAUACUUUAAGUUUUUUUUAAUGCAUAGCACUAAAAAAAUAAUGUGAGCAUCAUAUGGCUUUCAGUAUAAUUUUGUCUUUGCAUCUUAUCAAAAUUAUGAGUAUACUAGACGGAGGAAAUUAUUUGUAUUGCCACUAAUCUUUUUGGGAAUGUGUAACAUGAUUAUCUGGAAAAAUGUUUGGCUACAUCUCUGUUUAUAUCACAAGUGCCUAAACCAGGGGUCUGCAACCUUUAAGACAAAAAGAGCCACUUGGACCCGUUUUCGAAGAAAAAACAAACUGGGAGCCGCAAAACAAGCCAAAUGUUAAAUAACCACACAUUCUUCCCCUUCCCCCAUUCUCUCUCUUUUCCCUGAGUCUAUUUCAGAUAGCAAAGAGGGGUAUGGUACCUCUCAUAUCCAUUUUUUGCAAAGCACCAUGUGCAUAGAGGGCAUUAUACAAAUUAAUACAUAGAAAAGUGUCUGUCCCUUCCUGCAGUUCAACUCCCUCUCUUUUUACUAACAGCACAUAUCCAUUCCUUCUGCUGGUGCAACUUUCUCAUCAUUUCUACAUAGCAGCAUUUAUAAACCAGUGCCAGAGAAACUGGGUGAAAGGAAGGUGAGAGGGAAGAGAUAUGAAUAUUUAUGUGUGUAUAUGUAUACAUACAUACACCUACACAAUUACAGGUUUGAAGCCAACUUAAAAUAAAAAGAGCUGGUAAGCAAAGGAAUCUGUGGUGAUUUCCAUGGGAUCCGGGGACAUGUCAGCUAAUACUCUUCCCUUUCUUCAUUUGCUUGUCUCUGCAGCAAAUCUCGAGAGGGAAGGGAGAAGGGCAGGAAUUGCAUAGGCACGAGAGAACAGGGGAAAUCCCGCAUGCAGGAUUUUGGUGCCUAACAGCCCCCCCUCCCUCUGCAAUUGCUCUCGUGCUCCCCCGCCUCUCCUGCUGGCUACCUCUGGACCCCCUCCUCGUCACUGACGUAAUUCACCCCUUCCUCCCUGACAGGGAGGGCGGGCCCAUUUUGUGGUUCACCUCAGGUGCUCUCCCUCAACUCGGCGGCCACUCAGAAGCAAGGCACGGAAAAGGAUCCCGAAGCACCACCGCCACCCCUCUCUCUCUCUCUCUCUCUCUCACUCACACACACACACACACACACACACACAAACCCCGCCCCGCCAUUUCCCUCGAGCGUGCGCUCUCUCUCUCUCCCUCGCCUAAGGUGCCUCGCGUGCGGGGCUGAGGAGAGCGUGGCCUGGGUGGGUGGCUCUCGACGUCAAGCGGCGCAGCGCACGGGGCCUGAGGGCGGGCUGCCGCGACGGUGAAAGGGAGCGCGCCUGCGUGUGGACGCGCCUGUGUGUGGCAGGUGCCGGCGGUGGCAGUGGCAGCAGUGUCCACCUGAGGGGAGAACCGCCGCUGCGCCCUGGCGCGCCUUCCUGCCGCCGCCCUCCUCCUCUUCUUCCUCGCUCCCUGCACCAUGAGGGAAGAGGCGCCCUGGAGCCGCGGCAAAGGUUUAAAGGAGCCACAUGCGGCUCCGGAGCCGCAGGUUGCCGACCCCUGGCCUAAACUAUGUCACAGGCAAAGAUACUUGAAAAAAUUAAAGGAGGCUAUGCAUUGCCACAGUUUCCAUUGAAACCUGGAAAUAUUUGGAAAAGCAGGGUAGGUCAUUUGCAGGGUAAAUGUCUGUCAUCCUUAUUGCAAGCUCUUCUACAGAGAAAUAACCUGUGCUUAAUUUUGAAGCCUUGCGUCCACUUCUUUCAUCAUUAGAACUUGUUUUUCUUUUUUUAGUCCUUUCUGACACGGAAGUAUUACUUCAAUAAUCCAGAUGAUGGGUUCUUUAAGAAAACUAAAAGGAAGGUAGUGCCACCUUCCCCAAUGACAGGUAAGUAAGAAGGCUUCCUAAGAGUUUGUUAUAUUCUAAAACAUGAGCAAUAGAGUAGUAAUCAGUGUUCAAAACUCCCAUUGUUCUAGGCGCAUUUUGCGACAGGGCAUUUCAUUAGCAUGAGCAGCUUCUGAGCUCUGGGUGCAGUACUGCGCCUAAGAUUUCAGAUUAAAACUGCAGAAUGGAAGAAAAGGAGGACCUUUUUCUGCCUCCCCACUUCCAGCUACUCUCUGAAGAGGCCCUCUUAAGAGUAUUAGGGGGUUGGGCAGAGGAAGGAUUAGACCAUGUGAAAAAUGAACAUAAUAUUUUAACUGCAGUUCAUUCAUUUUCAGCUUUGUAUUAUUUGUAUUAUUGUUAUAAAAAAGCGUGCCUAGACAUAACCUAGGUUUAAGGUGCCAUUUAGCUCCUAGCUUUCAUAUCACAGUUUCUAACACUGGUAGUAAUAGGAACAUCUGAUUUGCUUUUGUGCUUAGCAGCAGCCACUAAUUCUAAAGUCUACCUAGUUCUCUCAUAAAAUAGCCCAGAUAUACUUAAAGUCAAAUUAAAUAGCAAAUUAAAGACUAAACCAGGGUGAUCUCUUCAAUCAUGCUAAGGAGGUUUCCUUUGUUUUUAAAGUAGUAUACCCAAACUUCAGAAAUCCAUGGGUGUGUAGGCUGUCAAUUGUGUGGUCACUUUAACUGCAUUUGCUUUGCAGAUCCUACUAUGCUGACAGAUAUGAUGAAAGGGAAUGUAACAAAUGUACUUCCUAUGAUUCUUAUUGGAGGCUGGAUCAACAUGACCUUCUCUGGUUUUGUCACAAGUAAGUGUCAGGCCUGAUGCUUCUAAAAUCCCAAAUUUAAUCAGCGUUUUCAUUAGCUGAGUGUUCAUGUUCCCUGUCACAGGUUUUAAGCUCCUUGUGAGACAAAUUUCCCUUCAGUUAGUGUUUUAUGGUGCUUUGUAAUAAUCAUAAUUGUUUCUGACCAUAUUUUUAUUUUUUACAGCAAAAGUCCCCUUUCCUUUGACGCUUCGUUUUAAACCAAUGCUACAGCAGGGUAUUGAGUUGCUUACUUUGGAUGCAUCCUGGUAAGAAUCCUUCACUGUGCUUCAAUCAAUCUUUGUCUAUCUAAAACUGUGAAAGUUACAGCAGUGUUGGGAAUUUGGGCAUUUGUGCAUUUGUUUAAAUGACACUCAGUUUCUUUGGUUUGUUAGGGUUAGCUCUGCUUCUUGGUAUUUUCUGAAUGUGUUUGGACUUCGAAGCAUUUAUACCCUCAUUCUUGGUCAAGAUAAUGGUAAGAAACUGCUAUUUAUGUAAAAGUAAGAGUGAUUCUUGAUUUAUUAAAUGUGUCAAACUAUGCUUAAAUGUUUCUUAGGAAUUUUGACCUAGUUACUAAUAUUAGUAAAUUGUAAGAAUUUCCAGCAAUAAUAGACAAAAAUCUUGUCUUCAGCUUAUUAAGACUGAAGAAAGUUAAGCAUACCUGGCUGAGACCUCAUACCUUUUUCGGCCUAACUUGUAAAAUACAAGGGAGAUAUUUUGCUGUCUACCUCAGCACAGCACUAUAAUGCUCACAUUCUUAAUUUUUCCCAGCUUUGAUAGUAUUGCUACUGUUAUAUAGAGUCACACAAGUCACUCUUUCAUAUUUACAGCUGCCGAUCAGUCCAGAGUAAUGCAGGAGCAGAUGACAGGGGCGGCAAUGGCCAUGCCUGCAGAUACUAAUAAAGCAUUCAAGGUAUGAGGCUUCUGUUCCAGUUGCUGAAACGAGCUGCUCUAGUUUCAUAUAGCCUUGCUUCUAUUCCUUGAAUGCACAGAAAAAAUACUUCAAAGGAUUAAAACCUGCAAAAAAUGAUGGUCUUAAAUAUCUGUUUAUUGAAUGUAUGCUAAAUAAAUGUUGUACCUUAUAGGAGUGUGUUUGGAAACCCCUAUUCUAUUGUAAUCUUUUCAUGCCGCUUUAGGGUAGAUAAAACGUCCAUUCAUCAGGAAACACUAGAUGAGAAGAUCAGUAAUCGUGGAGAAGCUUAGUCAAAAGAAGUGCCCAUUAUUACCAGUGCAUAGCCGGGGGGUAUGGGUGGGGUCCUUGGAAGACAAAAUGGUAAAGUAAGAGUGUCCAGGGGGUAGAAAGUUUGAAAACCUAUGCAUUAAAAUAUACCGUAUUCUAGUUGAUGACCUGUAUGGAGAAGAUACCGUAUUUUUCGCCCUAUAGGACGCACUUUUUCCUCUCCAAAAAUGAAGGGGAAAUGUGUGUGCGUCCUAUGGGGCGAAUGCAGGCUUUCGUUCGCUGAAGCCUGGAGAGUGAGAGGGGUCAGUGCGCACCGACCCCUCUCGCUCUCCAGGCUUCAGGAAGCUCUGCGCAACCCUUGGGAGACCGGCGCAACUUCGCGCCGGGCUCCCAAGGGUUGCGCAGAGCAGCCUGCACUCCCAGGCUUCCCGCAGCUCUGCGCAACCCUUGGGAGCCCAGCGUGGCUUCGCGCCAGGCUCCCAAGGGUUGCGCAGAGCUGCCUGCGCUCCCAGGCUUCCUGCAGCUCUGUGCAACCCUUGGGAGCCCAGCGCGAAGACGCACCGGGCUCCCAAAGGUUGCGCAGAGCUGCCUGCACUCCGAAGCUUGGGGCGCGCUGAAGAGCGCACCCGGGCUUCGCGCAGCUCUCCGCAAGCCUGGGGAGACCGGCACGGCUCCCUAGGCUUGCGGAUAGCAGGCUGUUCCGGGGUCGGGGGAAGCUCGGGCUUCCCCCGCGCCAGCCCCGUGCCUGGGGGGGAAAUAAUUUUUUUCCCUUUGUUUCCCCUCCCCCCCCCAAAAAACUAGGUGCGUCCUAUGGGGCGGUGCGUCCUAUGGGGCGAAAAAUACGGCACUUAACAUUGUAUACAAAGUGGAAAUAUGUUGAACAGAAACUUGUUUUACAGUACUAGUUGCAAGAAAUAAGAAACAGAGGUUUCAAACCCCAUAAGUAGCUUCAUGCAUUCUGAGCUGUUCUUCUGUCUGCAAGUUGUGCAGUAAAAUAAAAGCUUAUUCUCCAGAAAACAGCCCACUUGUCAAAUGCUAGGCACUAGCAGCCAUGUACACACAAACCAGAAAUGCUCAAUGAUCUCCAUUUAGUAAUGCAGGCAGUUAUUACCUGUGAGGACCUGCCCCCUCCCCCAAACAUACCUGCUUGUAUGUUCAAUAGCCUUGCUGCUUCCUUGUACACAUUAUAGUUCCUACUGUUUAAUCACUCUGCGCACAUACAGUUCAGUCACAAACUUCAGUGUCCUUGUUCAAGAUUCAGAGUCUAAAGCAGGAUGAAUAAAUUAAGGCAGAAUUGCUGAGCAAAGGCUUUUUUCCAAGAUGGAAAGUAGGUGGUUGGUACCCUUCUGUUGGCUGCAUCAAUGUUUUUUCUUUAUCACUGCAGACAGAAUGGGAGGCUCUAGAACUGACUGACCAUCAGUGGGCCCUAGAGGAUGUUGAAGAGGAACUCAUGGCUAAAGACCUCCGCUUUGAAGGCAUGUUUAAGGAAGAGCUGCAGACGUCCAUGUUCUGAGUUGCUUCAUAUGGUUGGCAUUAAGUCAGUUUAUGUUUAUUUAUCUAUAAUGUACUCUUACUGGUGGCCAGAAUAAAGAUGGUCAGAACUUAUGUGAGUUAUAUACCUGCAGGACAGAGUCUUGCUUCUGAGGUCUCCUCUGUUGCCUUUUGAGUCACAUGGAGCUCUGAUUUGGCAGCUGCUAAUAGUCAUGUCAGAAGGCAAACUACCAAACUUGUAGUGAUUGACCAAACUUACUGGAAGAAACAUUUAAAAUUCAGGAGAACUUGAAAUUGAGUGUGGGUCCCUGCAAAUUUUAAAUGUACCUGCUACUCUAGAGACAUACUAAGCCUAAGUCAGAAUCCGUUAAUGAUUAAAAUAUUGGUAUAAGAUUUAACCCUUGAAGCAUCUCUCAUUGCCAGGGCUCAGCCUUGCUGCAUAUGCAGCAUAACUGCCAAUACUCAAAGACAUGAAUUUAGAUGAGAGAAGCAUCCAAAGAUGAUUCUCCUUACUGUUGCCAUUCAGUGGUCCACAGACUGAGGUACUCCUCUGUCUACUGGGAGGCUGGUUCUUUUGAGGAGAAAGGCUUGAUUAGGGACUGGACUAGAAGCGACCUGUUGUCUCUAGAGCCAAUCUUUCUCCUGCCCCCUAAGUACAUGGUCAGAGGUUUAGGGUCUGCUUGAGCAGUAACUAAACACUGAUUUUGGUAUUGAAAAAGGACCAUUGGUACACUUUGACUUUAGCUGGCACCAGCACUGAAUCUAUUUGUGAGUAGACUUCUUUCAUUUUAAGCAUUUGAUUUAAAUGUUUUUAAGACACGAUCUAGAACCAAGGAAAAUCCCUUUUUUAUUAAGAUACUGGUUUGUCUUUGGAAGACAAGCUUUGAGCUUUUGCUCUUAUCGUCCAUUAGGGAACAAGCAUUUGAAGUCUCCCAAUAUGUUUGACCUAAGGUACUUGCUGAAUUAUAGUUCAGUGCUUCUUGGGGGCUCGUUUGUAUAAUCAGAAGACAAUGCACAUUCCUCAGAUUCAUAAUGACAGAACUAGGUUGAUUGGAUAAAAUGUUCUUUAAUGACUGUGGGUCAGUUGGCAUAGUGUGACAGUAGAGAAAAGGCUACUGAUGCCAUAGUCUGAAGUUGGUCAGAAUGUAAGCAUUUGAUUAUCCUUUUGGAAUAACACGUGGCCUUGGCUUAUGUUUUUAUGCCUAAGAAAAAUGAAGGGAGCUGUUCACUGUAUUUGUGUCUUUAAGAAACAAGAUAAUGUGUCAAUGAAACGGAAUUCUGGUUCAGCUCUGGUCGCAUACAGUAGCUAGUACUGUAAGGGAAAGUAUUACAUCCCUCCUGGAGCAGCUGUAUCUACCCAUGUCAGUGAAGCUCUGAAAUAUAUCCUGUUGCCCAUUUCUGCCUAUGUACAGCUCUCCCUUGCUGCAGCAGUAUAUUUAUGUUUAGAGUAAGUUAUAAAGUGUUCAUUAGUGAAAUUCAGAAGCUUUCAUUUUGUUCUCUACUUCUAAAGACACAUCUCUCCAUCCAGUUGUAGCCUUAUGUGAAAACUGCUUUUAAUAUGAUAAAAUCCAUCCUAAGCAGUGACCUAAUUUGACUCCAGCAUCAAGACUGCUUUACUAAUAAGCACUGCCCCCCCUGCAACUGAAAUGGUUAAAGCUACCUAUACACAAUAACUUGAAAAGCAAAAGAAGAUUUAUCACAGGUGUAUGUUUGGGGUACUGGGAGAUGGGUACAGCUGCUUGUUAUCUCCAUGUUUAUAGCAAAUAAACUCUUAGACUGCUCUUCAACCUUGAUGGUGUACAUAUUACCUGCCCCCCUUUGUGGCAGAUUGUAAAUCUGCUCUUGAGGGGAAUGUAAAGGGGUUUCUGUACUAUAGCAGAUGCUGAAUGUUUUAAGGUGCAUGGAGUAACUUUAAAUGUUCACUUUGUAGUUACUUACUUCUAAAAUCGCUUUCACAAUAUCUCAUCCUGUCCUUGCAAGCAUUUUCUCUUGAAUAGCUUUACAAAAUAAGGCAGCUAAAAGCUUGAAGAACUUUAAGGCAGUUUUGCCAUAAUAUAGAUAGUUGGAUUUGUACCAUCCCAUUGCUUGACAAAUGUAGUGGGAAACCAUGACUAUACAAUCAGUUACCCCUUGUCACGCACAUUGCGGAUAAGUUGUUCCUCAGAAGACAGGAAUACAAUAUCUUAAGGGUAGUAUCUUCUGAUCCAGGCCUAGAUAAUGUUCAGUGUUCAUUAGCCUAUGGGGAAAACACUAUAACGCCACACUAUUGUAAAUCACUUUAAUAGUGCAUCUUGCAACAGAAAAGAUUAUUUGCCUAAGUUUCCAUGGUUCAGAAGCAUUAAUUAUCAAAUCUUAAAUAGCUCACACCUCACACCAGCCUUUCUACUGCAGCUGCUGCAAGGUGGAGCUGUUUGGUUUGUAAUCCUCUUCCAUAUCCAGCAGUGUUUCAAUAAUUGCUUCAUCUUCUAAAGUAUGCUCCAGGACCUUCCUGAAACCGAUCUGUGCACUCGGAUCCAAGGCUGAGGCCUCAUCUAGAGGAAACAGUUCACUUGAGAGCCUAGACAUCUGCUGAAGUUCAUUCUCAAAGUCAGUUUUCCUGUGCAUCCUCUCUGAUGGCCAAAUAGCUGGAUUAUCUUCAGUGUAAAAACAAGAAUGCAACUUAUCAGUCCUGCCCCUAAAUAUCUGCACAAAUUGAUGAAUAGCUGAUACAUAGAGGGAUUUUCAGCAUAAACACUCCUGCUAAGCUUCCAUUGGCUAACAUGUAAGAUAAGUGCAAGUACUAGGCUUUUUUUCCCCCUAAAGAGGAACCCACUGCUUUUAGCAUUCUAAUAACAAUUACUCAAAUAUCUUCCUCCCAGCUUUGGGAUAAAGUAUCUUCAUGUUUGUCAAUAGGUGAUGGCUUGAAAGCAAGUGUGUAGCAAUGGAUGUGAAGGAUUCUAAGUUAUGAACGCUAAUUGGGCCACAGUGGUCUAAAGGAGGGAUGAUUCACCUAUGAGCUGCAUUCUGCCUGCCAAGACUUUUCUAUGCCCUUCUCUCCUCUCUCCUCACCCCCAGGAAUUUGGCAGGGAUGGUGGUUAAUUCUUUUACCAAUUCUAUUCUUCCUGCAUGUAGAACACUUCUCAGAAGGCUUGUGCAAGUUCAGAAUGCAAAUGGUCUCCCACUCCCCUGAUAAAUUACCUGGUGAGUGGGAAAGAAGCUGCAUUCCCAUUGUGAUGGAAGGAUCAGAGUAUAGAGCCUCCAUCUCCCUAUUCACCAGAUCAAUCAUUGGGUCCAAAAGGUUAGCCAUCCUGGUCUAAAGUAUUCCUCCCUAGCCAUAUGUAACUGUUUCCAAGUCAGAAAGUCUUAUUUCAAGGAUAUGCAUGCUUAACCUUUUCUGCUGUUCAAGCCCUUGGCUUUCUGCUGAAAUUAUUUGCCAUGGUACACCCUGUAAUAAUGCAUUCACUCUAGCAGCUAUUGGUUAAAAACUUGAUUAAAAUAGUACUGACUGCUUGUUCAUGUAACGGAAAAAUAACUAAAGAUACCUCACCAGGUUACACAGUCUAUUACAGACUCUGCAGGUAUGCAACUCAAUUGCUCUUUACAGUGCCAGUUUUAAAAAGCCAUGUCUGGUAAGCAGGGCAGACAACACUUACCACUCAUAUUGGCAAGAUCUUUCAGGCUCUGUGGAGGAACAUCAGUGGCACUUAUACUUGCUUCUGACUUCACAGGCCUUUCAUCAGGUUUGCUAAACACCACAGAAACACGUUAUGGAGACUGGUCUUAAAUUGUUCAGUUAAACAUUCUCUAAAGCGUAUGAUCUCUACCAAAAUGUUACACUAGUAUAUCUUAGCUUUCUGAAUCGUGUUUUAGAACUUUCCUGUAUGUUGAGAAAUAAAUGUGCUUGCACCAGCAAUUACAAAACAGUUAGUAGAGGUGGUCUAAAACUGAACCAUGAGGAGCACCCUAACACUGUGCCUUACCAUUCCACAGAGAAAGGCAGUGGGAUUUGAGCAUCUCUGAAAGGUGGCAAAUUGUUAAUUAAUAAAUAUAUUUCUCAUGUGACAACAUAUUUUGAGCCAGCUCUUUGGACCAGUCUGAAGCCAUAUCAACAGCCAUCCGAAUUGAAGCUCAGUGCUAUUCAUCCUAAGACAAAAAUUAAGCCUGUGACAAGCAGAGCAUACCUUAGAUGUCCUUUCCUCCAUCUCUCACUGUCUUCUGGGCUGAUAAAAAACUGCCGGUCAGCCAUGAAGAUGGGAGGAUGUAGCCAUGUGUUUUCCUUGCUUGUCAAGGGUUCCCGUUUUGUACAUGGAAUGUUGGAAGCAGUAGUCACUGGAAUUAAGUUUGGCCUGAAGAGGGGAUUCUCCUUUUCAGGAGUGGAAGAGACUGGUAAAGAUGACUGGGGGCAAUACACAGUUGAAAGAGUAAGUUCUCCCUUCUCACUAAAGAGAUCUGCAUUUAGGGGUGAAGAGGGCUGUGCUGUCUGCAAGUCAAAGUUCUGAUCAGUGGUGGAAUCUGGGGAGGGGGGGAAAGGAACCAAGAGGUCUUCCACUGCUCUGUCAAUAGCUGCAGUUAGCUCCUUACGGCAUCUGUUCAGCUUUUCUGACAUCUCACCUGAAAGGAAGAAGUAUCACGUUGUCCAGGAGUUUGGUUAUAUAAGCAAAUAUAAGGUUGGGAGGGUGCGCACAGAUUGAAAUCAAUACUAAGUUGCCAAUCCAUUCAGUUAUAGUGCAGUCAGCUAAUCCUAGCAUUUCCUUUUCUCAAUAUACUAUGUCCUUGACACAGAUGGAUUACUGAAUGUUAAUGCAACAUUAAAAACAAAAAGGAUUAAAAAAUCAGAUGCGAUUUUUCAAAUACUUCACACAUGGGCCAUGAUUUUUACAUGAGUGCUGAAGUACACUUUAGAUUGUUUUAUUCAGGGCUACUUAUAAUCCAUUGUAGUUUGACAUUUGCAUAGCAUACAAUACUUCCUGCUAGACUUUCUUCAGGAAGACAUGUCUUCAAAACCUUAUUCAGCUGUUAAACUUGUCAGGUGAAUUUGAGACCAGCCUAAUCUACGUUACAAGGCUGUUAGGAUAAGGAGGACCCUUAUACCCCAGCUCGAUCACCAAUACCUGUGGGAGAAUCAAUGGCUGUCCCCCAAGUUGGUGAGGCACAUUUGACAUCAGCACAAAACUGAUCCUUCAGUGUUACUGACCUCCUGUGGAAUGAACGUCCAAUAGAGAUUUAGCAGGCACCUGCAAUAUUAACCUUCAAACGCUUGCUCGAAAACUUAUUCAAAACUCAUCAGGCUUGUGUCAAUUAAGGUGUGUGUGUCAGUUUUACUAGACACUUGCUCUAGUAAAACCCAGCCAUAGAAAUCCCGUUAUAUUCUCCCAAUAUAUCCAGAAAGCCACUACAGCUUACCUGGUUCUUUACUUGCAGUCAACAACCUUUCACUUCAUCUAUUAACAAGGUAUAAGAAUGGACCAUUUUUUCUACUCUUGUGACUACUUGAGUGGUUAAUAAGUGCUAACGAGUAAUUUAACAUGCUUUCAUAGUUUGAACAGAUGCCCCUUGUAAAUUGAACGUGGAGCAAUCCAUCCUACACACAAAUCAACUCUGAAUUGUUCACCUGUUGUGAUGGUUUACCAAGUCGUCCCAAUAUCAAGACAAGUGCAGGAUAGAAGAUCGAUUGCUUAAGCACUUUUGAGUAACAUGGGGAUGAUCAACAACUGGAUCUGGAUACUUCUAGUAAACAGUCUGUUGCCUCCCCCCUCUACUGAAGGUUUUCAACUGUCACGGAACCUUUCCCCUCUGCUAGAACUUUCUCUCAAGAUUGUACUUGGUGCCUUUUGCCCAACAGCAUUAGACAGACCAUUUCAAAAUCAACUUUGAGUAAAAUCAUCUCUCUGCCACAUAACCUUCUUGGUGCCAACUGAUGUUUCCCACCUAGCAUUUUUUACCUAGUGCUUGUCACAUAACCCAGGGCUGUGGUCCUCUAGACGGUACUGGGCUCCAUCUCACAUUAGCCCCAGCUAGCCAAAGAUCAGCAAUUAUGGGAACUGUAAUCCAGCAACCUCUGGAUGACCACAGGCUCCUCACCCCAAAGCAGGCAGGCAAUGAUAAGAAUAAUGAAUUUUAUUAUUUAUACCCAUCUUACUGGGUUUCCCCAGCUACUCUGGCCAUCUGACAGCAUAUAUAUAACAUAGUAAAAUAUCAAAACAUUAAAAACUUCCCUAUGUCUAAAAGUUAUGUAGUUCUUUAUCUCUUUGGCAUCUUUCUGUCACCUCUGCCUUUUCCUUGGCACUGCUCCAUAGCUGAUCCAAUGUAGGACUUAAUACUAUACUAGGAUUCACUCAAGAACCCCCACAUUUUAACAUGGAUUGGCAAAGAAGGAAAUCAGCUAUUCAACUUUCUUCCAACUGUCCUUUUGUGCUUUAACAGUAAUUUUAAUUCUUUCCAUACUCUGAUCACAUAGCUGGAGAAGUUAACAAAGAAAACUAGUUCCAUUUUAGAAAUCAAAAUGACAAAAAUAAUGUUUUUACAUGAGAUGCACCUCUAAUCCAUUUUAUAAUCUUGCCUACAUAGUCAAAAAUAUUUUAGGCGUAGCCAGCACAAUGGUAUCAGGUGUAAAUUAUAGUUUGUAUUACUGUAAAUAUAUUCUGGUCUUGUCUUUUUCCAUUACAUUGGUACCUCUGGUUAAGAACUUAAUUCGUUCCACAGGUUCGUUCUUAACCUGAAACUGUUCUUAACCUGAAGCACCACUUUAGCUAAUGGGGCCUCCCGCUGCCGUCGCAUGAUUUCUGUUUUCAUCCUGAAGCAAAGUUCUUAACCCAAGGUACUAUUUCUGGGUUAGCGGAGUCUGUAACCUGAAGCACCUGCAACCUGAGGUAUCACUGUACUUACCCCACCUUUUAUGCUUUAUAAUAAUAAAAGCUUCUUAAGUUAGUGUCAUCAAAUACAUUGCUUACACUACAGUCAUUCAGAUCUACUUUUUACAAUGGGAAUCAGAGAUAAAGCUAUUUCCUCCCAAGCCAAAUAGGAAAUUAAUGUCUCAGCAAAUGGAAAUCCUUGCUCUGAUGGGAUGUGCUAGUUGAAUACCUUACAGAUAAAAGCUGGCCCAGAGUUUUCAGAAGCAAUUUCAAAAUAAAGCUAAUUUUGAUCAAAUUUAUUUGUACUAGGUACUACUGUGCUCUCGCAACCUUGUAUAUAGUGCUGGUUUGCAAUGACUUUAUUUCCUUGGGAGGGGGUGGGAGAGAGGAGAGAGAGAUAUAUUUACAGACAGAGAUGAUAUUUUUUGGAAUUGUGCAUUUAUCUACAUGCAUAUCCCGGGCACAUUUAUCUACAUGUACCAUGAUUUUUAAAACACAAGUCACUUGGAAUCCUUUGGGUAACAAAU